AUGGCUCCUUCCACAUUUGCUUCUGCGGCCGCAGGAAACAACCAGGCAUCCAAUUCGGCACGUGAUGGCGGUUCGGAAUGGUCGCGAAGACCCAACGGCGCGACACAGACCUUCCGUCGACCUUCUGGCACCUCAAUGUCUUCUGCGAACCAAUUCUCCGAUGCCGCCGCCCCCUCUCAAGCCCCACCACGAUACGUCCCGCCACACCGAAAUGGAGCUGUGAGCGAUGCGCGCUACUCCAAAGACCAGCUGCUUGAUUUGUUCAGAGCGCAGCAAAGCGCGGAAGGGGGGCUUCGAGAGGGGCUGCAGGACUUGUAUGUGGGCGGAUGGCAGCCGGACAGUACAAAUGGCUUAGGGAGUGCGAGCUGGGGCCGGAGUGACAACACCCGCGACAACCAGCCAGGGCCAGAUGUGUGCUGGGACAAAGAUGGCUCUAUUGAGCCGCUGGGACUGUCGGAGAUGGAUCGCGAAGAGCGAGAGCUCUUCUCGACUUCCGUCAACACCCCACUGAAGCCGCCUACCUCCAACAAGGAGAACCAGCAAUCGAAUGGACUACCGAACCGUAAGAUUUCCAUCUCCAACCAGGGCAAUACCCCCGGCGGCUACGGACUCUCAUCGCCCACCGCGACACGUGGGCAGGGACGUCGCCGGGAGACAAGCGAGUCCUUCUUCCCACAGAAUGCGUUGGCUUCUCCCACGGCAACGUACGAUCGCAACGAUCAGCGCGCUCCAUCUCCACCGCCUUCUCUGCAACGUAGGAGGACCGACACCAAGGAUGGCGGCAGGGGCGAUGCAGAAGACAAGACCGCGUCAACUCCAUUCGGUUCCAUCAGACGUAAUCCAACCGGACCGUUGAGUGCUGGACUUGGUGGUCCUUCUUCGCCAUGGUCAAAUGCGCCGCAAAGCGCUGGUCUUUCUCCCAUGGGCUCAUUCGGCAAUUUUGGGCUCGGUCAAGCUGCUCAGACGGAGAAGCGCAGUGGAGUUGGCAGUGGGCGGGCGGAAAGCAGGUUCAAAAAUCUGUUGAGCAAGGACAACGGCGAAGAGACGGGCAUGAGGAGUCUAGAGCGGAAGUCCAGUUUGACAGGGGCGUCUUGGCGGCCACAGCAAUCGCACGGUCUCGGUGGUGCUCCUUUGGAGGAAGCUGAUGAAGACACACCAUCAGGCAGUGCCGCUCUUGCGGAAGAUGCAGAAAUUAGUGAAUCGCAUCAACGGCAGGGCGGGUUUGGUACACCCGGUCGUGCCGAGCCCAGCGACCGUGGGUUUGGAGCAUUUGGUAUGACUUCGGAUGGCCAGGGUUUCGGACAAGGCUUCAUGCAGCAGACGCCAGGCCAGCACCGCCAGAUGGGAGGCAACGAGCCGAUGAGUCCAACCGACACCAAUCCUUACCAGUCUCCUGAACAGCAACGGGGGCUCAACAGCCUGAUGCAGGAGAUGGAGGGCGAGAACUCACGUCAGCUUCCCGGACUUGGUGGGUAUCCUGGCGAGCAGUCGCAGCACUUUGGUGGUCUGGGAGGUCUGGGCGCUCUGCCAAACCUUGGACGACCGGGUGGAGUGGGCGCUAUGAACGACCGCAGCCAGAACAGCAGCGUCAAUGCCAACAGAGGCUUCGGCGGUCUUGGCGGACUCGGACAGCUGGGUGGUGGUUCUGGUGCAGCAGCCUGGCCUUCCAGUCAUGGUGGACUCGGGACGCCUACCAGGUCAACUGCGGGUUUGUCCAGCGCUUUCGGUGGAGGCAUCUUCGCUACAUCCACGGGUGACGUGCAUUCCCCUGGACUUGCAGGUCUGGGCGGCGGUAGCAUGAUGAGCCCACAUCCGAAUGCGGGAGGCAGCAGGAUGGCCAGCAUGUUUCCGCAGAGCAUGCAGGACCAGAUGCGGCAAGGCGAGCAUGAGCGUGAUUUGGGCGCCGAGAGGGGUGGCUACCAGCCGUUCAUGGGCCAGCUUGACCAGCCACGUCCAAACGACUACCCAUUCGCCGAGCAGAACGAGUCUGAUCGAGCAGAUCAAGAGAACGCAGGAUUCGGAGCGCCUGGUCAAGGUCAGCCUGGACAGGGUCAAUCUGGACAACCUGCGCAGGGACAACCGCAGCCUCCCAGUUCGGCUUCAAACCAGCCUCCCCCACCACAGCAACGCACCAUGGUCAUGCCAGACCGCAUGCGCUGGAUCUACCGCGACCCACAAGGACAGACGCAAGGACCAUGGUCGGGGCUGGAAAUGCAUGAUUGGUACAAGGCUGGCUUCUUCUCGCCUGAGCUUCUCGUGAAGAAAUACGAAGAUCAGGACUACGAACCGCUCGCGCAACUCAUCCGACGCAUUGGUAACUCCAGAGAGCCGUUCCUGGUCCCGCAGAUCGGCAUCCCUCACGGCUCUGCAGCGACGACUGGCCCGAGCGCUUGGGCAGGUGCUGCGGCGACACCGUCGACGAGUGGCGCUCAGCCGCCUUUUGCUAACAGCUUCCCGUCGUUCGGCACCACAUUGACGGCAGAACAGCAGAAUGCACUCGAGCGUAGGAAGCAAGAGGAGCAGUAUCUGAUGGCACGUCAGAAGGAACAUCUCGCGCAGCAGCAGAUGGCACAGCGCAUGCAUUUGCAGAUGCAGCCAGGUGCUCCAGGCUCGCACAGCGGCUUGGCGCCUGGUCAAGGACAACUGCAACAUCAGGCUUCGGCUCAGUCACUACACUCUCAGCCUAGCUUCGGCAGCAUGACUAGCCCCAAUGCUGGCCCUUUCCAGCCUAGUCCGCUUCAAGGGCCGCAAGGUCACCAGCCAGGGUUCUUUGACAACUCCUUCCGCUCGCCUGGACAAGGUGGUGGGCUGGGUGCUGUCGGCGCUGGCAUCGACAACCUUGGCCACAUCCGCGAAGAAGAGAUUCCCGGCAUCAUGGACCGCUUGGAUCAAGGUGCUCGCGCUGCUCCUGGACAGUUCGGUGCUCCGGGCCAGCCAUUCUCGGGUCAGCAGCAGAUGCAGUCCCCGCCAAACAACGAGCACGAUCUACAAGUCCAGCAGAUGCUCCAGGAUCGCAACAGGCUGCAACAGGAGCAGGCAAUGCAUGACGCCCAGCAGCAGCUUGACAACGAACAAGGCCUGUCUGGCGACCGUCUGAGACAAUUUCAGCAGCUGCAGGGUCAGGGCAAACUGACUGGUAUCGAUGCACGUUUCCAGCCGGCAUUGGGCAAGCAAGAAUUGAGCGACGAGCAGAGCUCAACGAUGCAGAGUAGUGUUGGCUCGCCAGCUAUUGCUCAGCGCGAACGUACCCCUCCGCAAGAGAUGACUUUGACCGAGCAAGUUCAGAAGGCAGCGUCUGUUCAGCAGUCGCCGGUGCAGCCACAGCCUGGUCUUCCUCAGCCAUUCCCGCCAGCUCCUUCUCAGUCCCCUCUGCCGGCUCCGGCGGCUCAGCGAGCUGGAAGACAGAGUGUCGCAGAUCAGCUGCAGACUGAGCAACGCGAUCUUUCGCAGACCCCAUCUGUGGACACGCCAAGUGCAGCCGUCGCACCAUGGGCGAAGGAGCCAGCGGAAGCACCAAGGGGACCGUCCCUUAAGGAGAUCCAGGAGAUGGAGGCGAAGCAAGCUGCUGAAGCUGAGGAGAUCGCAUCCGCACAACGCCGCGCAGCUUUCCAAAAGCAGAUGGAGGCCCAACAAGCUCAAGCUUCUAUCGCACCAGCGCCUGGUCUGCCAGCGAGCGCAAGCUGGGGAGCGGCGAGUGGCUCGCCAGUGACCACCCCCAGCGGUGCAUCCGCCUGGGCGAAGGCCGCUCAGAAGCCCACCACAGCGACCAGCGCGAAGAGCAUGGCGCAAAUCCAAAAAGAAGAAGAAGCACGCAAGAGGCGCGUGGCCGCUGCCGCCGCGAGCGCUCAAGCCGCAACGGCCGGCGUCGCUCCUAGCCCGAGCGGCGGUGGGAAGAGCUACGCUAACCUCGCCGGCAAAGUCGCAUCGCCUGCUCCUAACGCUGCCGGAAGCGCGUGGACGACUGUCGGUGCUGGCGGGAAGCCGAAGACUCCUGCUGCGCCCGUGCCGCAGCCUACGAGGACCGUUAGUUCCGGCGUCGUACCGGUUGCGCAGCCUGCGCAGGCGAAGAAGCUGCCGACGAGGUCGUCGACUAUGGGAUUGUCGGGCGGCGUGAACGCGCAGGAGGAGUUCAGGAAGUGGGCUGUUAACGAGCUGCGCCCGGAUCUAGCUAAGGGUAUCCCUGUCGAAGAAUUCAUCACCAACCUCAUCGCCCUGCCCCCAGACGCCGACAUGCUCACCGAAGCCGUGCACGGCGCCUCCAACACGCUCGACUCGCGGCAUUUCGCCGAAGAAUUCAUCCGUCGCAAGCGCCUGGCGGAUAAAGGGCUGGUAGAUGUUUCGGCGCCGCCGAAGAGUGCGAGCCCGGGCAAUGCGGGGGUUUCGGGGUGGAGCGAGGUUGCGAAGAAGAGUGGGACGACGGCGGGGAAGGAGGGGGUGAAGGAGGAGAAUGGGAAUGGGAAUUUUAGGGUCGUGGCCGCGAAGAAGGGGAAGGGGAAGAGGUGA